UCCUCUCCUGUCUGCUACUAGUACAUCUCACAUAUUUUCAUUUUUCCUUCAUAAGACUCUAGCUUCUUCCCUUCCAUCAAGCUUUAACAACAAUGUGUCCUAGCGGAACUUCCCUCCGUCCAGAAAAUUUUUCCGACGAACUAACAUCGGAAUAUGAAACCACAUCAGAAUACCGACGAGCUUUCGAAGUGAUUGACUACGAUCACGACGGGAAGAUCUCCGGAGACGAUCUCCGGUCAUUUUACGCUUCAAUAUCCGGUGCCGGCGACAACGAAGAGGAGAUCAUAAAAGCGAUGAUAUCUGUAGCGGAUGCGAAUAAAGAUGGAUACGUACAAUACAAUGAGUUUGAGAAGUUUUUGAAGGAGAGGAUAGAGAAAGAGAAGGUAAAGAAUCAAAGUCAGAAAAGAUAUGGUGACGGCGGGGUGAUGGAAGAGGUUUUUAAGGUCAUGGAUAAAGAUGGCGAUGGAAGAUUAGGGAUUGAUGAUUUAAAGACUUAUUUGAGAAUGGCUGGAAUUGAGGUUCAAGACGAUGAAAUUAAAUCUAUGAUAAAGUUAGGUUGCGGUGACGGUGACGGUGAUUGUAGAGAUGGUGUUUCUUUUGACGGGUUUCUUAACAUCUUUGCUGUACAUGAUCUGCUCUGUUAAGUUACACUUUUUUUUUCUAAAUUAAGAUUGUAAAAUUUUGUUGAAAUUCCGAUGUUGUGUCUGAGAAAUAAAAAUUGCGAAUUAGUGAAAUUAAAAUAUAUUUAUUAUUAUAUCGACCUUUUAGCAUUUUUUUCUUCAUUUGUUCUCGUAAUCUGAUUUUCAAUAGUGCUUCAUUAAUUGGUUUCUGAGUGGUGUAUGUUGCGAUUUUAUUUAUUCAGUUCACAAAUUAAAAGAUGAUGUGCAUACUUUAUAAUUUAGUAGAAUUUUU